AUGGCCGGAGCCUGGAGCGUCGUCUACGAGGCCUUCGUGUGGAUCGCCUGUACGGCGGGCUUCCUCUACCAGGCGUCCGAUGUGCUGCAGCUGUACACCCGGCACGCCUUCACCGUGACCGUGUACAAGGAACACGGUUCACGACACAUCCGCUUCCCCGCCGCAACCAUCUGCACCGAGAAAUGGUCCAAGCGAGAUGUUCUUUGCGGGAACAACAAUUCACUCUGCCAGAGUUCAUCUGAAGCCCUGGCCGAGAGGCUCCUCUUCGACCCUGAACUACGCAAGGAGGCUGCCUACACUCCGAGCGAGCUGUUCAACUGCCGCAUGCGCUCGCAGGACGACAAGAUCCGAAGGACCUUCUACCGAACUCCCUUCUUGAUGUGCUACACCUUUGACCUGUACCAGUAUUCGGAGACCAGUCACCAAUUUCGUUCAUGCGAGGUACCAUGGUUGUACGAAGUGGAGCUGACCGCAGCGUGGGACGCACUCAACACUGGGCCCACAGACAACGUGUGGAAGUACCCGCUCAUCGUGCACGAACCGGAGGUCUGCCCACCGGAGAAACUGGCCCCCAUCCAUCUGAGGCAGGGAAUGCGCUACACGGUGUCCGUAGCCCAGAGAACGUUUCGGCGCCUUCCGUACCCGAGCUCUUCAAGAUGCACCGACUACCGACAAAGAGGUCGGGUGGGCGCCUACUUCGGUUAUAUGAACUACGCAGUGUGCCUCCAAGAUUGCUUGAUUCAGCAAGAGCUGAAAACUUGUGGUUGCGUUUUUCCCGACCACGAGUUUGCCGCGACCUCUUUUAAUGGGGCUAUCUGCUCAAGUGAAAAGAAAACGAGAUUACGUACGACGUCAAGCUCAUUGGCCUUGCAGAUAAUGAGGUCAUCAUUCACGGCCAUCAUUCGUUUCGCGACAAAUUUGCAAACUGUCUACGACUACCAGAGGCGGCUUACGGGACAAGAGGCGCUCGCCUACAUUGGCGGCUACAUCGGCCUCUGGCUGGGCGUGUCCCUGUACUCGGUCUACGUGGUGUUGGAAACAUCGCUGACCAAGUUUCUUCGCAGCCGGUUUCAUGUGUUCAAGCACUUAGUGCGUGCCUAA